CCCGGCUGGCGGCCAGCAUGGGGGCCGGGGCGCUGGCCAUCCGCCAAAGCAAGUCAGCUGUGAGAUUGAAGGAGGACAUGAAAAAGAUAGCCUCACUUCCACUGAAUAAGCAGAAGGAUGCAACCCGUCCAAAGGUGUUUGGUGUGAGUCUUCUGGAGCUCGAGCAGCAGGGACUGAGCAAGAAUGGCAUUCCAAUAGUUGUGUGGAAUAUAGUUGAGUACCUGACCCAGCAUGGUAUGACCCAGGAAGGCCUUUUUAGGGUAAAUGGGAGCAUGAAAACAGUGGAAGAGCUGCGUCUGCAAUAUGAACGUGGAGAAGAGGUGGAACUAGUUAAAGAUGGCGAUGUGUACUCAGCAGCCAGUCUUUUGAAAUUGUUUCUGAGAGAGCUGCCAGAUGGGAUUAUCACCUCUGCCUUACAAUCCAAGCUCAUUCAGCUUUACCAAGAUGGUAGAAAUGACAUGCAGAAGGAAAGAAACUUGAGAGAACUCCUUAAAGAACUGCCUGAUGCUCAUUACUGCCUGUUGAAGUAUCUGUGCCAGUUCCUGAUAAAAGUUGCUGAACAUCAUGUGGAGAACAGGAUGAACAUUUGCAAUCUUGCCACUGUAUUUGGACCAAAUUGUUUUCACGUGCCCUCUGGAUUUGAAGGUAUAAAAGAACAAGAGAUCUGCAACAAAAUAAUGACUAAAAUGCUUGAGAAUUACAAUACCUUGUUUGAACUGGAAGGUUUGAAGGAGGAAGAAAAGCCAGCAUGUGAAGAGCUAGCAAGAAUUAUUCUGAUUGAAGUGAAAAAGUCCAGAAGGGAAGGAUCCAGUCGAACACACCUAGUGCCACAACCAGGCUUGUCAGUUGGAACACCUCAGGUCAGCCUCCGAUUAACAGACAGUAGUUCAUGUUUGAAGGAGAUGGAUUUAACAGAUGAAAUCUCCUUUGUUAACAGUGGUGCGUUUUUCUUCAGCUCCCAGGAGGAUGAGCGGCCUAUGUCACCCUUCUAUGUGAGCACCCAUGUAUCACAAGUCAGUAGUAACAUUCCUGCUACAGGAGAGUAUUUAGAGAAGACAAUCCGCUCAGCCGUGGAGCAGCAUCUCUUUGAUGUUCAUGGCUCAGGCGGCCAGAGUUCAGAGGACUCUGAAUCGGGAACAUCUUCAGCCUCUUCUAAUGUGUCUGCCAGGCAGAGGAGGCGACAGCACAAAGAGCAGGAGGAAGCCCGGAGAAACAGAGACAUGGAAGUCAUCAACAAGGAGAACAUUCCAUCUGGUUUCAGCAAUCUUGAAGACUGUAUUCUAACUACCCAAGAAGUAGAAAAGUUACAAGACAACAGCUCUGGAUAUCUUAAUGAAAGGAAUAAACCAAAACGGCAGAAAUCCAGCACCAAACUUUCAGAGCUUAAUGACAACCAGGAUAGUCCUGUGAGUAUGGAAAGCUUUAGCUCAUCCAGGCCUAUAGACAGAACAGGACCUGAUGACAUGGAAGUUUUAUCUGAAGAAAGCAAAGAAAGUGAAAGCGGUGAGGGUUUUUUCAGGCAUUCUCAGCAGCCUUCAAGUAUGAAGAUUCAAGAACACCCAAGCAUUCCUGAAAACAAGCUGCAAAGAAAUCAAGAUGCUGAUGAUCAGGAAAACAGCUUUGUGUCAGAAGUGCCUCGGCUGGAUUUGACAACGCUGUGCGAUGACAACAACUGGGAAGAGCCCAUCCCUGCACUUUCUUCAUGGCAGCGAGAUGGCUUAGACUCAGAAGAGGCUCGCCUUUCCCCACAGGCUGGCCGUUUAAUUCGCCAGCUCCUGGAUGAGGACAGCGAUCCUAUGCUGUCUCCUCGCUUCUAUGCCUAUGGACAGAGCCAGCAGUACCUGGAUGAUACAGAAGUGCCUCCUUCCCCUCCCAAUUCUCAUUCAUUUAUGAGGAGGCGGAGUUCUUCUUUGGGAUCUUACGAAGAUGACAGAGAAGACCUCACCCCUGCACAGCUUACCCGGAGAAUUCAGGGACUGAAGAAAAAAAUCAGGAAAUUUGAGGACAAAUUCGAGGAGGAGAGGAAAUAUAGGCCUUCCCACAGUGACAAAGCAGCUAACCCUGAAGUGCUCAAAUGGACAAAUGAUUUGGCCAAAUUCCGAAAGCAGCUUAAAGAGUCUAAACUGAAGAUAUCGGAAGAAGACCUGGGCCCUGUGGUGCGUCAGCGAAGCAACACGCUCCCAAAGAGCUUUGGUUCUCAGCUUGAAAAGGAGGAUGACAAGAAACAAGACCUAUCAGAUAAAUCUGCCAAGCCUGCUGUGGAAGUGACCCUUGAUUCUAUCCAGAAGAAGCUUCAGGAAAAACGAACGGAGACAAACCGACCAGAGGAUAUAAAGGAUAUGACAAGAGAUCAGAUAGCAGCUGAGAAAGUGGCUCUUCAGAAAGCCUUGCUGUAUUAUGAAAGCAUUCAUGGCAGACCGGUUACCAAAAAUGAACGGCAGGUGAUGAAGCCACUGUAUGACAGGUAUCGCUUGGUCAAGCAGAUCCUCUCCAGAGCCAACACCAUCCCUAUCAUUGGUUCCCCCUCCAGCAAGCGGAGAAGCCCUUUGCUGCAACCAAUUAUCGAGGGCGAAACUGCUUCCUUCUUCAAGGAGAUAAAGGAGGAAGAGGAGGGCUCUGAGGAGGACAGCAAUGUGAAACCAGACUUCACAAUCACUAUGAAAACAGAUUUCAACGUGCGUAGCUUCUUGGAUCAACUAGAAGAUGAUGCCGACGGCUUUGUUUCCCCGGUGGAUGAUAAGAUACCAUCAAGGAGCAACCAGGAUAUGGGGCUUUCAAAUCUCCAUGAAGCAUCCAUGCCUGAACUGUUGGAGCAGCUGCAAGAAGUCAGGGAAGAGAAAAAGCGGAUCAGAAAAAAACUGAGAGACUUUGAAGAUAAUUUUUUCCGACAAAAUGGGAGGAAUGUGCAGAAAGAAGACCGUACUCCUAUGGCUGAAGAAUACAAUGAAUACAAGCAGAUUAAGGCCAAGCUGAGGCUGCUGGAGGUCCUGAUCAGUAAAAGAGAUAUUAGCUCAAAGAUGAUGUAAAGGAGGAGAGUGGUUUUGCCAAUACACUAAGAAGAGAGAGCACCAAGCGGACAAGUGCGUGAAGUGGAUGCAUCGAGAGCCUGGCUGGGAGGGCUGAGGAGCUCCCUGGGAACUGAAGGGCCAUUACCAGAGGCAGGACAGGGAGAAAGGGUGGCUUUCCAUCACUCUCUCCACUUGCUGUUGUCCAUUCUUUCUCCAGGCCUGAUGCCCAAAAUGGUUUGCCAGUGUAGGAGACAUGAUGCUGUCCUCAGUGACUGCACUGAAGGGUUCCUUCUGUUUUGAUUUGCUUACAGAUCCUGUAAUAUUUAGAAUAUAAAAGCCAACUAUGCUUUUUCUUUUCUUCAGGAUAUCAUAGCAAGAGGCAAAGUAGCAUGAAUAGUGAUUAAAUCAUCAAAUAGCUUCCACUUUAUUUUACCAGACCUGACCCGAUCUCAUGUGACGGCACAGGUCAGGCAGCACCGAGAUUGUUGUCUUGUAGUUACAGUAAAGAUUUGCUCAGACUUUUGACCAGACUGUUCGGAGUUCAGAGACUUCCGUUGCUUUAUAAAAUGUUGGAAGUGUAUCCUGGUCAUAGCCCAGAACUGGUUUGAGUUACAGUUUUGCACAGGAUUCAGUUGGGUUUUCUUACCGCUUCUCUUUUUUGACUGCUAAUUCAAUUAAGAAAAUACCUACAUCUGUUUGGAAUAGUGAAGCAGAAGAGUUGUGCAGCAAGGCUCGUGCCUAUUUGUUCCCCUGGAAGGUGGAUGCUGUGAGAUUAUGAUGCUUGGGCAAUUGGGAAGAGGUUUUAUCAGCUUUAAGUUAGAAUGCCUUGGGAGUUUGGUAGCUGCUCAGCUAAGUGUCAGCUGUCAAGCAUCUGGAGGACCCACCACAUCAGCCCUUACACUUCUGAUAAUGGGUAUAAGAGCCUAGGGUGAAAGUCCACAUGGAUGUCAUGCACACCCAUUAGCCUCAGUUUUAUUUAUGUGUGCCACCAGACAACGUGUGCUGAAGCAGUGAUGCUUUGUGGCAACAGAGGAUGUUCUUUUCUUCCCUGUGGCUUUGUUGGGUGUAGUUUUUACGCUGGGGCAGAGGAUACUGAAGGGACGUGAAAGCCUGGAGCCACGUGCUGCACGUGUCUCAGGUGCAGGGUUGAGCAGUUAAACAUUAUCAGAUCUGAAAUAAGAGUCCUGGGCCACUGGAUUCCAGUUCUUGCAUCGGACAAUCACUGCCUGAAGGAGUGAAGGCAGCAAGUUCAGAAUCACAGUGAGCAGCUGACAGUUCUGCAGCCCUGUGCACUCAGGGGUGCAUGCAGGCAGUCACUGCCCCACAGCCCUUCCCCUGGACCUGGGGCAAGACGCUCUUGUUAAUGGGGCUUGGCUCUGGUAUCACAAGGUGAUGCUGUCUUUUAUCUCAGUUCCCUGGGGAGCUGCAUGCAGGAGCCGACGAGCUGAGGAUGGGUGCGGUGCACCUCAUCGCAGCCAGGCUUCACACAGGAGCAGGGCCCACAGAAGAGCUCCUCUCUUCCCUUCUCUCUGCAGGCAGGAGGGCCCAUAAAGAGGAGCAGUUGGUAAACUCGCCCCCUUCCACGUGCUGUGCCCUCUGUGCUCAUUCUUGCCAAAGCUGGUGCUGAGGGCAGGUCUCUUUGGCACCCCGCAGCUACUCAGGAGGCCGCCCUCCUCCCCCUUCCCCAGGGCUCUGCAUUGGCAGUCUGCCUCAUAAGAGGCUGAUGUGCUUCUGCUAGAGAGAGCCUGGGGCUGUUUUCUACUGACAGCAGAACUGCCCACUCCUAUAGAAAAGUAGUGAAGGCUGAAUUCCCUGUUUGCAAGGGUUUGUAUGAUGAACUGGGGUGUGACUUCUAAGAGGCACUGAGUGUCCAUCAUGAGGUGUGGGGCUCUGCCUCUGCAGAUCUGAUGCGCUGAGUGUUACAGUUGGGCUUAGAAACUGCAUUUGAAGAUGACUGGCAGGAAGGGAAGCUUGGUGUAGUUCCUGCCCCUUUUCCUCCUCAUUCAUGUUGUAGUGGGCCAACACUUCCCAGGAGUAUGAUUUCUCUGAUUAUUUUUAAAAGCCUGUUUGCACUGUGUACCAAUAAAUGAUGUUUGCUGAGUUUUGCCCCUGACAAAUCUUGAUAAAUGAUACGUAGGGAACAGUCCAUUGCAUUGUAUGAACUGAUGAGAUUGUAGCAUUUUCUGAUGCUUAGUUACUGCUGUUUACAUGGCAUACUGCUAGAAUUUCAGAUAGUUUAUAUGAAAUGUAAGUACAGUUAUGCACUUUAGAGAGUUUAUAUUUUUGAACUUUGAAAGCUAAACGUAACAGAAUCCGUUAAGUAAAACUGUAAAUUAAAAAAGAAAAAAAGACA